UACACUGAUAUAGAAACUGUAUCAGAACCAGGAAGAGAGUGAAACACAAACCUAUCUGAGCAGAGGGCCGGUUAACCAAACAGAGGUAGAAGCAUAGGAAGGAUCGUACGCCUGAUAAGAGAGAAAUCAUGGGGAAAGCAAAAAAAGGUGAAAGUUCUGCUUAAGGGCGGUUACCUGUGAGGUCCUAAGGAAGCUUCAGUGGGUUAGGAAACAGUCCUGCUAAAAAGACUUCAGUUUGCAAAAGAGGAAUGCCGGAUGCAGACUACAGGAAUGAAGGUUGGUCUACUCGUCUCAGAUGAGGACGAGCGUUCAUAUUCAUGAGAUGGAUCCAGUCUCUACAAGGAAGAGUUGAUAGCUGGCAUGGAUUGCAGAAAGCCUAAGAACCGUUUCGCUUCACUGGGAGUCAAGGAGCUGCCGUUCUGUUGAUGUAAAUACACCCGAUAUCGGAGGCCAUGGCUCAGUCUGCGGGAGAGGAGCCAGGCUCCAAAGUCAGAGAACUCUGCGGCGAAUGCGGCCAGUUCCACUCAUUGCCAGAUAAUCAUCUUUAUAACUUCCAGGAUGAAGUGGACGAUGAUCUGACCUGCCACAUUUGCCUUCAGCCUUUGCUCCAGCCGAUGGACACCCCUUGUGGACAUACGUACUGUUUCAAGUGCCUUGAAAAUUUCAUGAGGGAGUACAGCUUCUGCCCCAUGGACCGGAAAAAACUGUCUUUCCAGCAUUGCCGGAAAUCCAGCCUUUUAGUGAGGAACCUCCUGGAUAAGCUGAUUGUUCUUUGCCCCUUUCAAGAUGACUGUAAGGAGACGAUGCAGCGGUGCGAGCUGGAGGCUCAUUUGCAAAACAGGUGUCCCGGCUUCAAAAAGUACAAAGCUCAGAUAGAGCGGAAAAAGAAUCCUUGCCCCAGUUCGAAGCCCGAUUCUCUUUCAAGACCGGAAGCAAACUCGGUGAAAGAACCGGGAGGGUGCAGCAGCGUGCCGCCCGUGGUGUCUGGCAGCUCCGUUGCUGCCGUUGUCUCGCUGGAGACCCCGGAACCUGGGAUGGUUAAUCCAGCCUUUGAUGGGAGUGAAGAAGAUUUACCCCAAAGGGCUAGCCUUGUAGCAGAGACGAAUGCCAUUGAAAUUCACCGAGAAGACCCCGAGGAGGAACUUGGAAUGCGAAUAGUUGGGGGGAAAGACACACCGCUUGGCAACGUCGUUGUCCAGGAAGUUCUUCCCGAUUCAGUGGUUGCUGUGGAUGGAAGAAUUGCACCGGGAGACCAUAUCCUGGAGGUAAACGGACUCAACGUAAGCAGUGUGACGCACUGCCAAGCUCUUUCCUUACUGCGCCAGCCCUGCGCUGUCCUCCACCUCAUUGUGCUCCAAGAGAAGGGAUUUGUCACCAAGACGGGGCAACCGGAUUCCAGUCCUACAAUAAACCAGCGAGUGAUCCAUGUUACUCUUGUAAAGAGAGACCGGUCUGAACCUCUCGGCAUCAAACUGAUCAGGAAGACAGACGAGCCAGGGAUUUUUGUUUUGGAUUUGUUAGAUGGAGGCUUGGCAGCCAAAAACGGGAAGCUCUGUCAGAAUGAUAAAGUCCUUUCUAUAAAUGGCCAGGAUCUACGCCAGGGAACACCUGAAGCAGCAGCACACAUAAUUCAGACCAGCGAAGCCAGAGUCAACUUUGUGGUUCUCCGCCAGUCUGGUGGGCAGCUCACGGAUGCUGUUGAAGACGGUGGCGCCUUAAGCACGAGCAACAGCAACAGCAGUAGUAGCAGCAGCAGCAGCGGAGGGGGAAGCCCCGUGCACCGUCGCAGGAGACCGGAGCAGAUUCACUAUCGGCGAAAAUCCAGCUAUCAGAAGGCACUCCCUCAAGGAUACCUCAGCCAGGAGAAGAUCGUCACCAUUAAAAAAGAGCCAAAAGAGUCCCUGGGAAUAACGAUAGGAGGUGGAAGGGAUGUUAAAAAUAAACUCCCUCUUUAUGUCACCAGUGUACAGCCUAUCGGAUGCCUUUACAGGGAUGGUCGGAUUAAGAAAGGAGACAUACUUUUGAGUAUAAAUAAUGUCAAUUUGACUUUUCUGAGCUACGAUGAAGCCGUCUCGGCCCUGAAGUCAAACGCGGCCUUGCAUACGGUUGUGCUGAAAGCCUUGGAAAUCGUGGUCCCCGAGAAGGCAACAGAAUUUCUGGAGGCCCCCGACAGCAGGGAAAAUCGGUUCAGCUGGGCCCCCCUUUGGAUCACGUGGCUUGGGCUGCCUAGCCACCUCCACUGCUGCCAAGAUAUUAUCCUGCAUAAAAGCAACUCCGAGAGCUGGGGAUUCAGCAUCGUUGGGGGAUUUGAAGAAAGCAAAGGGAGCCAGCCGUUCUUCAUUAAGACCAUCGUACCUGGAACACCCGCCUUCCGGGACAGAAGGCUGAAGUGCGGGGAUGAAAUUGUGGCCGUCAACGGCAUGUCUGCGGUAGGAAUGAGCAACGGGGAGCUGAUUCCCAUGCUGAAGGAACAACGGAAUAAAGUCACCCUUACUGUGGUCUCCUGGCCUGGUAGCCUCGUGUAAGAUAACAAACUCUUGACGCAAAGUUCCAUUUGGGAAUUACUUUAGUACCAAGUGACAAAGCUUUGACGCGAUGAACUGACCAAGGAUUUAGUCCUUCAGACUAAGCCAAACAUUCUCAAGGCCUUCACCGGGAUUCUUCAGCCAAAGGCAAAUUCUGCUUUCUGAUGGAGCUUGAUUUUUUCGUCCCAGCCCUUUGGCAGGUGGAACCCAUCCUCAGUGAGCUACUUGAGUUCUGCCAUUUUGAUUCUUCUUUUCUCCCUCAUGCCCUUCUGUAGGUGAGCUGUGAACCACGGCCUGUGCCUGCCGAAUUCCUCUUUCAAUCCUGCUCAGAUACAAGCGGCACACGGUUACAGGCAACGUUUGUGGGGCUAGGCACCUUGCGAUUCUCAGUGAUGUUGGUGAAUAUUUAACUUGGGUGUUGCCUUGAAAGGUAUUGACUGACCAACGCAGCCAGUAGCCUUUACAUUCCGUCUCGCAGCAGCUUCUAGUCCUUCUCUUGGGAGGUGGAACAGGAAUGCAAUCUGCAAGCGUGCCCUACCCUGUUCUUCAGUGUGCAAGGUAAAGCUUGUCCUCUGCUGUCUGUUUCUUUUAAGACUGGGCCAUUUUUUUUGCUCUUGUGAAUGAGCUUCAAGAGUGGCAGGUAGUGUUCCUACAAUGGAGGCUCUGAGGAGCCGUCCGGCGAGACUUUGAGUAAACAAGUCUUAGGACCAAAGGAGAUGUAACAGAGACAAAAUGGCGCACAGGUCCAGGCUGUUGACUCCUUGUCAAACCAAGCGGGAUGUUGGUUUGACGGGUCAAGAACGGUGAGCGGACCCUUCCUUUUGUUCACCGUAGUUUUCCUGUCAGGUGACCAGUAUCCUCUGGAGGGAAAGAGCUUUUCGAAAAGUGCUUAAUUUGAAAUCAUAUCCCAGUGGCGUUGGGAAACCCAGAUGGGGGUCUUCCUGCUGUUUUGCAUAAUUAAGCUGUUACUGAAACGGGUGGGGAAGAGGGAGACCAAGCAGCUGUUCAGGGCAACCAUUUCACCUCGUUUUGAAGAAACCAAAUCAAGGAAUUUACCCACUCCUCCGUUAUCCUUUCUCCUUGCCCCACUCUGCAGCCUGCCCCCUUUAAUCCGUCAUGCAACAGCAAAUCAUCCUCAGUGUAUGUGUGAACUUUGUGUUGAGAGGACUGUAGGUUGGAAGUGCCUUUUGACUUUAGUAAAGUCAAAUUCUCUUGCAAACGAUCAUAACUCCAGGCUGGGUUUCAAAGGCAAUGAAUUGGCUCGAUUGUGUUGAGUCGUAACCCUACUGUACUAGUUCAGGCGCCUUUUAUGGUUUCACAGUUUACUGGCUGAUUCCUGUACCUUGCCCUAAGCUUGCUUCUGAAUGCUUGUGGACACAAAGAUGAUCGGUCAGUUUUAGCUGAGAGAGCUUCUCUUUCCCUUUUUUCUGCUUUCAGGUACUUGGGCAUCUUUUCUUCAGUUUGAAAGCCACAGCCCUCUAGAAAAAAGAAAAACAACCCACCAAACCUUUGUUUGCAGUCUGUGGCGUGACUGUUGCCUUAGCCUUUCUGCAGGCUGGCGUGUUCAGCAAAGAUUACCCCCAUCGGGGCUUUCUGAAUGUCAUUGCCAAGCAUCCUUAGAUGCAUGAACUGUUUGUUUUUCCCAGCCUUGUUAUAGCCAUGAGUUUUGAAAUCAGAGUAGCUCUUUGCAAAAUGCCAGCCGUGGUCAAUCUUCCCACAGUGCAGGCUCUCCAAUUAAAAUGGGGGGGGGAGGGAAGACACCGGAAGAACUGGAGAGGUCAUUAAUAACUUUAAAUCAAAGGUGGCAACUCCGUUGUUUAAUUUUUGUCUGGCUAGCGGUUGCUGGUGCCACAACGGUGAUAAUUUUGAACCCAUGGGUCAUUUGUGAUGGUUAUAUAUGAGGGGGAUGUCCUGUAGCUGGUGCGUGGAAAUGAAUCCCAGACACCGCAUACAUAUUGAGGAGAGAUGGUCAUGCGUGAAGGUGGUUUUGAAGGCCAUCCACCUUUUCCUGUGCCUGGUGUCCAGCUAAGGAUGACUCAGACUGGUUCCAGGCCACAGCCCUUGUGGCUUCUGUAAUGUUUGUCCCUUGCAAUGAUUUUAAAGAGGGACACAAAGAGCUUUUACCAGUGAAGGGGGUGAAAAUGGCUGCUUGAACCGGUGUUGUCUUAUUUCAAGGUGCCUUUGACAAUCACCGGGAAGUCUUGCUCUUGCCUGCUGCAUUGCACCAGAGAAUGUCUGGAAACGUCUUAGUAGAUUUGUCAUUGUUUUAAUGCAAUUUA